GAACGAGCGACUAGUUUCAAAUUGAUAACGUGUGGGGUCGUUGCUGGAGCAUCAGCUGGGCAGGCGAGGAGCCCUGGAUACCGGGGAAGCGGCCGGAGUCGGAUUUACAGACGAAUACAGCACAACUGAUUCCACGAAGAUUUGUUAGCUGGGGAGGAGACAGUCAUGUCGGGCUUACAGGAAAACUACUCUUUUGACGCUCCUUCCACGUAUAUCGACUUUGGUUCUUUUCAUGAAGAAGAUGAUCAAAAUGCAGAUUCCUGGUUUGAUCAAAUGAAAGAUGAAAACACCCCCCCCUCUGACUUUGUGAGCGCGACGCAGGCACAAGCAGAUGAGAAUGCAGUCAGUGAUUCAGGAAACGUCAAACAGGAGAAGACUCCGGCAACACAUGCCAAAAGACGGUCUUCAAAACAUUUGUCUGCACAACAGAGGAGCAAGCAGUUGGCGAAAAUCAGAGCUGAAAGAAAAAAGGUUACCCCUAAACAGGAAGAGCACCCUCCCUAUAAGCGGCAGAGGUUGAAUGCUAUCAAAUGCAAAUCCACAGACCCCACAGUCAACAAAGGGUUGUCCACCAGUGUGUCAGAAACAUCCCCCAAACCAAAGUCCAAGCCGACCCGGCCAUCAACCCCCACAGUUCUCAAGAGGAAGAAUAUGACCUUAAAGGUAAAGAACUCCGAAGAACAAGAACUUGAGAAGGUGCAGCAACUUCAGCAAGAACUUUCAGAAAGACUGAAAAAGAAUGAGGAGUCCCUGAAAUCUGCGUUGGCUGGAUCUGGUCAAGUUUUGAAGAAGGUGCCAAUUCAGGUUACUAAGCCUGUAGAUAUUCACUUCCACACAGAUGAUCGGAUUAAGAGACAUCAAGAAGAGACAAGUGGGGAGCAGUACAAACAGGUGGACUUUACUUCCGAGCUCCGCAAACACCCACCCUCUCCAGCUCGUAUACCAAAAGGAGGUCGUACCAUACCCAAACCUUUCAACCUGUCACAGGGCAACAAGAGGAAACACGAGGAGACAACCGGGGAGUAUGUUUCUACAGCUGAGCAAAUUAUAGCUUUUUGCAAGAAGACACCACAGCGCUACCACAUGCGCAGCCGGCAGAAGGAUAUGGAAGGUCCAUCACCUGUGAAAACUGUAAAGUUAAAGCUCACACAUCCAAAAACCCCUCUACUACAGACCAAGCAGCGACAUAGACCGACUAACUGCAAGAGCUCUGCAGAACUGGAAACGGAAGAGUUGGAUAAAAUACAGCAGUAUAAAUUUAAAGCCCAGGAGCUCAACACAAAGAUCUUGGAAGGUAGCCAUAUCCUUCCAAAGAAACCCCCUGUUAAAGAAUCCACCAAACCUAUAGGAUUUAACCUGGAAAUUGAGAAGAGACUGCAGCAGCGGGAGAAGAAAGAUUGCGAGGAAGAGUUAUAUACCUUCCGUUCCAAACCUUGUCCCAGCAAGAUCUUGACGGACAUAGUGGGCGUUCCUGGGAAGAUAGCGCUGCCAUUAACCAUGCCGCAGUCUCCGGCUUUUGCCCUUAAGAACAGAGUGCGCAUACAAACCUGGGAAGAGAUGAAGGAAGAACCUAUGCCCAUCAUAAAAGCCAACCCGAUGCCCCAUUAUGGCGUGCCCUUUAAGCCAAAGGUGGUAGAGCACAGACAAGUGGAAGUGUGUCCCUUCUCAUUCACUGAACGUGACCAGCAGCAGAUGGAAGUAAAAGAGAAAAAGUUAGACCAGCUCAGAAAUCCAGAAGUUCCUAAAUUCAAGGCUCAGCCUCUGCCCGACUUUGACCACAUUGCCCUUCCUGAGAAAAAGGUGAAGGAGGCGACGCUCCAAGCACCCUUUGACUUGCAGAUGGAUAAACGUGGGGAGCAUAAGCUGCAAAGGUGGAAGCAACAGAUAAAAGAAGAGCAGAAGCAACAGAAGGAAAUGACAGUCUUCAAGGCUCGUCCCAACACUGUGACCCAGCAGGAGCCAUUUAUUCCCAAGAAAGAUAGCCGUAUAUUGACAGAGAGCCUUUCUGGUUCCAUAGUUCAAGACAGUUUUGAGCUGGCUACAGAGAAACGCGCCAAGGAGCGGCAGGAAUUUGAAAGGUUGCUGGCAGAGAAGGAGGCUCAGAAGAGUCUCAUGGAAGAGGAACAACGCAGGCAGCAAGAGGAGCAGGAGAGAGAAGAGAUCAACAGAUUACGACAUGAACUGGUUCACAAGGCUCAACCAGUUAGAAAAUUCAAGCAGGUCGAUGUCAAAACAAGUGACAUUCCACUGACUGUGCCCAAGUCUCCAAAGUUCUCAGACCGAUUUAAUAUUUAGUGGCUCUAGCAACAUCGGGGCCCGCUACCUCACAUUGGAAAGUGGUCUGCAUACAUAAACCCCUGCUUUUAAUCUGUGAUGAAAAGAUGUGGGAGUGGGGUGGAAGAAAAUGACUUGUUAAAUAGUAUACAUGAGUAAUGUAUAGUCUGUGUAAAUACUUGCUUUCGCCUGUUUUUAGUUUUUUCCUAGUGUAUAAUCAGAUUUUAUAAUAAACAUCCUGUGACUGUUCAUACAGUUUUAACCGCCAUU